CAUCCCCUUGUGAAAAAUGGGAUGUAAACGAGUUAUAUUCUCGGUCUCUACCUCCCAAUAUGGCGUGUGGCGUCCAUGCAAUCAAGCAGCGGUUGCUAACGAGACCCAUCUCGUUGGCGGCCACAAAUGAUCAUUCCAGUGGUUUUUGAUGCUGGGUUCGGAGUUUUUCGUAUAUGGGUCCUUCGAAUUUGCCACGGUUGCUGCAGCUUUGAGGCUCUGCUUGUUUUAGCUUGUGAUGCAGAAACUAGGAAAUCCAAGCUCUCGUCAAGUAACAUUCACGAAACGCAAAGAUGGGAUUGUCAAGAAGGCCACUGAAUUAUCUAUCUUAUGUGGUGCAGAUGUUGGUCUUAUAAUGUUUUCUCCUAAAGGUCGAUCGAUCACUUUUGCUAGCGGUGGAAGGGUUGAGGAUAUCUUUAUUCGUUGGAUUGCCCAAGCUGCUGAAUUAACUGGACAAGGACCUAUCUGUGAUGGAGGGUAUUUAACUGAAAGCCUUAAACAUCUGAAGUGUGAACAAGAAAUGCUGGAAAAAAUCGAAAGGUCUGGUUUCUCUUCCCCCCUAUUUUUCUCUGUAGAGAUGAUUGUCACUCACACUUGCUUUUUAUUUUCUGGAUGCUUUUGUCUUAUAAACUCUCUGUCUCUCUCUCUCUCUUCAUGUUGAUUGACUCACUGGUGAUGGCACAACAAUUUCAGAA